AUGCCUGCCGCCAUCGUCGAGCCGGCUCCUGCGAGCGCAGCAGGCCACCAUAAUCAUUUGGAUGCCAAAACACUCGGAUUAGACCCAAGCUUGAGAACGAGCUACCCAACGCAGUCCCUGUCUUUUUUGAGAGGGUUGAAAGGAGCCGAGUCGAGCAGUGAAACUUCCUCUAGGCCAGCACAAGCAAAGCUCAAGCUAAAUAUUGUCAUUGCCGGCGCUGGACUCGGCGGGCUUGCCACCUCCAUUGCCCUGGCACGGAGGGGCCAUUCCGUUAUUGUUCUUGAGCAAGCGCCGAAGCUCGACGAGGUCGGGGCCGGGAUCCAAAUCCCGCCCAACUCGGGCCGUCUCCUGCGCCGCUGGGGCGUCUUUGCCCAGGGCGAAGACCUCUUCGCCAAGCCCAGCUGCAUCAACUUCCGCCGCUGGCAGGACGGCGACCUGAUCGGGUACACGGACCUCGGCGACUUCAACACCAGGUUCGGGGCCCCGUACUGCGUGGCUCACCGAGCGCACCUACAGAGGUCCCUACACGCCCGCGCGCUCGAGCUCGGGGUCGAGGUGAGGCUGGACAGCCUCGUCGUUGCCUACAGACCUGAUGAUGCGGCGGUUGAGCUGUCGACUGGUGAGGUGGUUCGGGGCGACCUAAUCGUUGCUGCAGAUGGAGUCAAGUCAAUUGCGAGAAACACUUUGCAGCCAGCACAGACAGAGGAGCCCUGUUUUACGGGGUUUGCAGCCUACCGUGCCACAGUGGACGCGGAAAAGAUCGCGUCAGAUCCUGAGAUUGCGUGGAUUUUGGAGAAACCAGCACUAAAUAUCUGGAUUGGCGAAAACCGUCACGUCAUGUCUUAUACAAUCUCUGCAGGAAAGUCUUUCAACAUGGUGCUCUCACAUGUCGACCACUCAGACCCGUCCACGUGGAAGGCAGAGACGGCAGUAGCGGAUGUCAACAGGGAGUUUGCAGGAUGGGAUCCACGGCUCACCAAGAUUAUCUCGCUCAUCACAUCCUGCAUCAAGUGGCCACUCACAAACGGCAGGAAGCUCCGGUCCUGGGUCAGCCGCGGGUCGCAGCUCGUCAUCCUCGGCGACGCCGCGCACGCCAUGGUGCCGUACAUGUCGCAGGGGGCGGCGAUGGCGGUGGAGGACGGGGCGGCGCUGGCGGUCGCGCUCAACGACGCGGCGGCGCUCGGGGACCUGCUGCUGGCGCUCAGCCGGUUCGAGCAGGAGCGCAUCGAGCGCAGCGGCGCGAUGCAGGAGGCCAGCAUGGUCAACGGUCUCAUCUGGCACUUUGCCGACGGCCCGGAGCAGCAGACGCGGGACAGGGCCAUGCGCGCCGAGGUCGAGGGCCGCCCGUUCGCCAGGAGCGCGAAUCAGUGGAGCGACCCCGUCACGCAGUGGUGGGCGUACGGCUACGAUGCGGAGGAGGCCAUGCAGAGGAGGCUCAAGGGUGCGGCGUUGGCGCGUAUUUGA